CUGAUCGAUCAGCUUGAUGUUUAAUCAGUUUAUUUAUUGAUAGUAGAGAAAUUUAGGAAAAUGUUUAGGAAUAUUUCUUAUUAUUUUGGUGGUGAUGAACAGAAAAUGAACGAAACUGUGGCUGCGUUUCUUAAACAUAUACUUCAAAGGCAUUUAGAACGAAAACUGAACAGAAGCGUCGUUAUCAUGGAAUCUGCAGAUAUUGUUGAUUAUGUUUGUAACAUGUACAUAGGACCGGCAUUGUGCAUACUUGGAAUAUUUGGAAACAUAUUCAAUAUAUUUGUAUUAUUUCGUGGGAGGUUACUGGAUUCGCCGUACGUGUACCUGAAAGCAUUGUCCUUUACAGACAUGUUUGCUUUGAUCUUAUCUUUACCUUACUUGCUUUUUACUAAACAUUCGGAUAACUUUUCCCCUAAUGUGUAUAACGCGUUUGUGUUCCUGCCUGUUGUGAAUUUACUGACUGCAGCCAGUGUAUGGAUUACAGUUGGAGUAACUAUUGAUAGAUUUAUAUUUGUCAAAUUUCCUUUGUUAGCUAGAAGUUAUUCAAGUGGAUCUAGAGUGAAAAGACGAAUAUUUACUAUUUAUACAUUCGGUAUACUCUUUACUCUUCCAAGGUAUUUCUGUUAUUCUUUAGUGAACGAUUUAGGAGUGUACCGAAUGGAAUUUACACCCUUUCGAGAUUCGGCUUACUACCGUGUCUAUGAUAUUGUAUGUAUUAUUAUCUAUCAUUUUAUUCCAUUGGUUGUUUUUGUUGUGAUAAACACCUACCUCAUCGUCGCUGUGUACAGAGCUAGAUUUUUAAGACAGGAGCUAGGCAUAAGAAACAACAGGGAACAAGACUGGCAGAUAGAGCAAAGACGAUUUACAAUUACACUCAUCGGGAUAAUUGUCAUAUCGAUAGUCGCCAUUUUUCCAUCGACUAUCAGUGACUUUUCAAGACUGACAAAUCUAUCACUUCAUGAGUACAAACUUUUACGUAACAUUAGUAAUUUGUUACUUCUUUGUAAUUUAUCGAUGAAUUUCGUUCUAUUUUGUGCAUUUAACAAGCGAUUUGUACGCGCAAUCAGAACUAUUUUCAACAAAAGACGUAACAAAACGAGGAUUUACAUCUCUUUUAAAAGUCGUACUAGGUCGUCAAGAUCUGACACAUGCGUUGUGACCAGACAACAUUCCUUUAUCAGUGCUUGUAAAAUGUGAACUCAAAAGUUCUAUCGUUACAAAAAAAGUGCUCAAUUUUCUUUUUAAUUUUUUUUUACAUAUUUAAUGUUACAACGUUUAAUAUUGUUUAGUAUUUAUGUGAUAUUUAUA